AUGCUGCUGCAUGCAAGUUCCCUCUUCAACCUGAGCGUGUUAGGCUACUCAGCUGCCUUCAUCUUAGAUUCGCUGAUUGUUCAAACUGUCUACCAACUCUACUUCCAUCCACUGGCAUUUUCUCCCAGCCCACGCCGAGCUGCUAUCUCAACCCUGUGGCUGUACUCCGUUAGUAAGCAAGGCCGACAUGAGACCUUCGAGGGACUGCACAAGAAGUACAACACGCGUUCGCUCCCAAUCGCUCCAAACAAGCUUGACCUCAGCGACUCGACCUCGUAUCAUACCAUGUACUCCCAGCAUCGGACUUUGACGAAGACAACUGACCUGGAGUUGCGCCGCCAGCGGAGGAAGGCCUUGAACUCCUUCUCGAAGUCAUCGAUUCAGUCGAUGCAGCAGAUCCUGUACUCGAAGGUGACCAUCUUUGCAAGCGACUAUCAAAUGCGUGAAUCUAGGUGCCUUACGGUCGACUUCAUCACCCAAGUCGCGUUCGGUAAAUCAUUCGGCCUUCUCACCAAGUCCGGCAGGACUACCUUCACCGCACCGUUUCUCCAAGCCUUCGAUCUGGUCGCAGACGGCCCGGCUCGGUACUUCCACCGUCUCCUCUGCACGACCAAGAACAAUAUCGAUGCUUACAAGAAGCGAAGGACUACGGAGGAGGAACUUGAUCACGAAGUGAUCUUCGACAAGAUAUUGGAUGUAAACGAUACGGAGUUGCUGGCUGAUGCUAUAGAUAUUCUGGCCGCAGGUUUGGAUACGACUGCAAAUACGCUUGCAAUUGCGCUUGAACAGUUGAUCAAGACGCCUGAGCGUUUCGUGAAGCUGAAAGAGAAACUUAAGGAGGCUGUGCUUCGCUACGCGAUGCCGGUUCCCAGGCGCCUUUCGUGUAUAGUUCCCAAAGCAAGUGCCGGUGCGGAUUCACUGGUCGUCGAUGACAAUGUCAUCCCACCUGGUGUUUUGGUAGAUAUCUCCACUUACACAGUGCACUUUGACGAGAAGACCUGGGGCUCUGAUACCAGAGCUUUAAAUUCUGAACGCUGGCUCACUAAUGAUGCAAAGCAUCUGGAGAAGUAUCUUAUUACUUUCUUGAAAGGGGCGAGGCUGGGUCUCGGGAUCAAUCACGCAUAUGCUGAAGCUACUUUGACGCUGGCUAUACUGGCGAGGAGGUUCAGCUUUGGAAGAGAUGAAACGAUGACGGACUCUGAUCUUGAGCAAUUCGACACAUUUACGAUGGGGGUCGGGGGAAGUGGGUUCCGUGCGCACGUCCGCGAAGUCUCUGCAUAG